AUGGAGAGCCUCAGCGAGCUCCAGAACCCUCUGCUGGACAAAGGACACGCGGUCCACAAUGACUACCAGGGCUACCAGUGCGACUACCCGAGCCAGCCUUACCAGGACAGCCUCAUCGGCUACUACUACACCGGGACUAAUGACAAGCAUAAGACUCAGCAGUUCCUGGACGCGACGUCCCUGCACCUGGCGGUGGAGGCCUUCUACAGGCCCAACUUCAUCCUGUGCAAAGACGACGUGAGCCUGCACAGCAAGGACUCCAAGAGCGAGAGCCUUGAGACCACGUUCACGGAGAGCAAGGACGCUGUGCAGGAUGGCGUGUCCGCAGAAAACACCCUGGACAGCGUACAAGAAGAGAAAGACAUAAAGAUCCAGACGGUGUCGUACGAGGUGGAGGAUGAGCAGGGUCCUGAGUACGAGAGUGACAGCUCCAGUGACAGUGAGAGCGAGGACAACUUCAUCGUGCUGCCCCCCCGGGACUACCUGGGCCUCGCCAUCUUCUCCAUGCUCUGCUGCUUCUGGCCCUUGGGCAUCGUUGCCUUUUACUACUCUCACAAGACGGGCAAGGCCAUCGCGAAGGGAGACUUCUCCAGAGCAGGGAUGAGCUCCAGAAGAGCCCUGUUCCUGGUUGCUCUCUCCAUUACCAUCGGGACAGGGAUGUACGUGGGGGUGGUUGUGGCCCUCAUAGCCUACCUGUCCAAGCCUGGACACGUAUAA